UUUAAAAACAUUGUAAAUCUUCUGUCAUGUAAAGCAAUGAUAAUCCUAGUGUGCUGUACACCAAGGCUAAAGUGAGGGGCUGUUCGCUUCUGUUCACUCCCUAUUACAUGAAGCAGGGAGAUAGAUCAUGCAGCAGAUUCCUCAUCGCAUGCCUCCUGCAACAUGAGCUGUGCUGAGAAACCACCUUCCAGCUUCAGAAAUUAGACAAUGGCAUCAAUAAAAUCCAGCAGAACGUGGGCGGACAUCCAGGAAAGUUUAAGUCGUGUAAGACAACAAUAUGGUCUCUUACCACGAGCAGAAUGGGAUGAUCUCAUUGCCGUGACCUCGUAUGAAAAGGCUAUGUCAGCAAAACACAAGAACAGGAGUCUGCCGAGGCCAUUUCUACCAAGCCUCACAUCCAAAUCCAACUGGGAUCUCAGGAAAUUAGACUUGGAAUAUGUUGACACGAAGAGACGUAAACAGCAUGAGGGAAGAAGAAGUGCAAAAUAUGAUUCUUCCUACCACAAACCCCUGUUAUUAAAGAAUAAUGAACAUGAGAGAACAAAACCAACUUUAGAACACAAUGCAUAUAGAUAUAUCACAGAAAAUAAACGUUUUGCCCAGGAUUUUGUGGACUCCUUGAUAUCUGAGAUUUUGAUGGAUGAGAUUAUCCCUGAUGUUCUUAUAGAAGCUCUAACUAGUACACAGAUGUCAAAGAAGAAAUAUAAUGGCAAGAAAACAAGACAUUGGAAAUCAGAUGAUUACGGAAGGUCAGCUGGGUCCCUCUCAAUGUCUAUUCUGGAUGAACUGCUCAUUGAAAUCCUGAGAGAUCUAUCUGCUCAUGUACUGAGGAGGAUGGUGAGAGGUUUUGUGGAUGACCAUCUAGUACGGGCGGCGGUGCAUGAUUGUGUCGAUGAAAUUCUCACCAAUAUCAUCCAAACAGAACUGUUAUCAUUGGUAGAUGAAUUAAACACAGAAAGAGAACAUGACAGAUUACUUGAUAAUCUUAUUCAGAGCGUAAUUGAUAAGGAAGUGAAAGACGCUGUUUUCUCAGUUCUCACCGAAUGUGACAGUCAACUCUCUGAAUUUCACAAAGAUCAGAUCAUAGUGACAGCGAACAAACACGUUGUAGACAUAUUUCUUCUGGAACACUUACUGGGCAUGAUUGGAACACAUGAACCACUGGUGUUUGGGAAGGAUCCAAUGCAGUGUCUGCUGGACAGUAUCAUGCUUGAUGUACUUCUAAGAGAGCAAGUCAGCAUUCAACAAGUGCAACAAAACACCUUGGAAACCUAUCCUGCAAUGCUUUCCCACCAAAAUACAGUUAGCAAAGUGGCACUUGAAGUUAUUCUAACAGAAUUACACAUGAUUCUGGUGGAAGAUAUGGAAGACAUCUUUGAAUAUGAAAGAGAUGUAGAACUUUGAUGACGAAAAUUGUUUUUAGUAGCCUGUGGGUUAUUUCAAAUGGUCAUUAGAAGAAAUAACUUUAUUCACCAAUGUGUAUACAAUAGUGCAUUGUUCAGGGAGUCUACAGUCUGUGCCUCUGCAGCUGUUGUUAAACCAUAAGGGCAUCUUGGGAGUUCCAGUUUCACAACAGCUGGAUAGCCACAUUUUACAGGUACCAUAUGCAAACACUGCCCAAAGAGAUGAUCAACCUAACUUUUUUUUUUUUUUUUUGGUACUGAUUACUUUAAUACAAUAUAGGAAAUACAUAAUAAAUGUCAUUAAUAUUUAAAACUAACUUAUUGUUAGAACUUCAAGAAAUGACUGGACAACAGUUCAGGGGUGGUACAGAUUAUAGCAUAGAUGCUGGUCUAUGGAACCACAAAAACAUCAUGACAAGGAAGAGGAGUAAAAGGAGUACUCCGCCCCUAGACAUCUUAUCCCCUAUCCUUUGGAUAGGGGAUCUCCCUGCUGUACCCUGCAUUCGUUUAGAGUGUUGGGUGCAGCGCAGGAGGCUCGUGAUGUCAAGGUCAUUCCCCCUCAGUGCAAGUCUAUGGGAGGGGGCGUGACGGCCAUCAUGUCCUCUCCCAUAGACUUGCGUUGAGGGGGAUUGGCCGUGACGUUACGAGCGGGGUGUGACUGUGACGUCACGAGCCUCUGCCCCGCAUCGCCAGUCAUCCGGGAACCAAGCGAAGUUCCUGCCUGGGGUGCCGCAGCCGAGAUCGCGGGGGUCCCCAGUGGCGGGACUUCCGCGAUCAAACAUCUUAUCCCCCAUCCCCCUUUGGUUAGGGGAUAAGAUGUCUAGGGGCGGAGUACACCUUUAAAAAGACUAUCCUAGAAGAUGACUAGCCGGGAAUGGAUUUUGAAGUGGCCCAAUAGAAGGCCACAUCUGUAGGGCACACCAGGAGGCAGAGGAGAGAGGUUAUAGCAGAGAGCAAUCACUAAAAGUAACCCAGCAAGAUGCCCACCAGGAAAGGCUUUACGUCAGCAGGAAAAAGCUGAAUGUGUGUGGCAGGGCAGGCGAGGAGCAGGACACGGACACAGUGGCAAAGUGCUGGUGGUAGCUGACUGUUUGCAUUACGUUACCUACAUAAGUUUCCGUAGCAAAUCAAUUUCUUUUGCAAAUCAAUAUAAAACAUGAGGGAGAAGUGUAUAUUAAAAAGGCCCAUAUGACAUAACCCUUAAGAUGUCAUUGUAAUACCAUAGGUGCCAUUGUAUAUAGAUAAAUUUGGUUCACUUCAUAUGUUAGUGAUUAUAAUGUUAUAGCUGAUUGGUGUAUAUCAUUGUAAUCUGUAUACACAAAUGUUUUCUUUUGGAUAAUGAUACACCAAGUAGGCAAUGUUUCUCUUCUUGUAAAGUAUAGCAUGACACCUUCUUCGAUGUUAUGAUGUGAGAGACAAAGGUAUGAAAUGGUUGGAAUUUUAACUCUUUAAAGACAAUUCAAAUGCAAUUUUAUAUAUUAUGAUAUAUUCACAACAACUAGGAGAGGUUGGCUUUCAAAUGCAUUUAGUCAAAUUUAGCGACAAUUAAGUCAUUAUUACCAGCAGAUGUCUCAUUAAGAUGUGCUUCAGUGAACUGUCAAGGUUGUUUCCAGGUUGCAUUAUAUACUGUAUAUAAAUUAAAAUGUUUA